AUGCUUUACACUGACGACUUCCGAUUCGCAAAUGUGCAUAAGGAUUCGAAGUUGGCAAGACGGAUGCAACACGAUUAUAAAACACCCGUUGACGAUCCUCCGUUGACCCAUAUUCAUAUAGACGCGUUUAGGACGAACAUCCCAGAAUGGCGGGGAACAAGAAGGCGGAGUCCGGAUAUCCGAACCGGAACGGUAUUUAAGCCCCAGUUGAUCACCGGAUGCCAGGACAAACCUGCUCCCGACUCGAACCCGGGAAGUUGCAGCCGAACCCGCGGGAUUUUGGCAGUUUUUGCCCUGGCUGCUGUUGCAGCUGAUGAUAUCCCGUAUGGCGCAAAACUGAAUGCAGUUUACCCCGAC